AUGGGGACGAACUCAAGCAUUCAGGAAUAUAUCAAAACAAAUCUGACUGCGGUCACAGAGUUUCUCCUCUUAGGAUUUCAAGGCAACCAACUUUUGAGAAAUCUUCUAUUUCUUCUCUUCCUUCUUCUUUUUGUUGCCACGAUGUGUGGGAAUCUCCUGAUCAUCACCCUUGUGUCCACCAGCAAGAACCUCCAGACUCCAAUGUACUUAUUCAUCUCACAACUGUCCAUCAGUGACAUCUUAUUGAUCACAGAUAUUGUCCCCAACCUGCUCCACAUCCUACUGAAUAAUGGAGAAACCAUCAGUGUUAUUGGUUGUAUGACUCAGCUUUAUUUUUUUGCUGGCACUGAUGCCUUUGAAUGUCUUCUUCUCGCUGUGAUGUCUUAUGACAGAUAUGUGGCCAUCUGUAAUCCCCUCCGUUACUCCUCUAUCAUGACUAAUAGAUUUUGUGUUAAAUCACUUGUAAUGUGUUGGUUUUUGGGUAGUUUUGAAUCAUUCAUUGUCACUGUUACACUAUCCAAGCUAAAUUUUUGUGGACAAAAUAUCAUUGACCAUAUCUUCUGUGACAUUGUCCCCUUACUAGAACUUUCCUGUUCUGACACCUUUAUUGUUCAUUUGGAGAUUUAUGUGAUGGGAAGUCCAAUUUUAAUAAGCCCAACCGCAAUCAUUGUAGUGUCUUAUACUUAUAUUGUGAUAUCAGUGUUAAGGAUCCAAUCCAGUACUGGUAGACAGAAAGCCUUCUCCACCUGUAGCUCCCACCUCAUUGUGGUCUCCAUAUUUUACUGGUCUAUUUUCAUUGUCUAUGUUCUUCCAUCAAGAGGACAAACAUCAGAUGCUAAUAAGAUCCUCUCUCUGCUAUAUACUGUAAUUACUCCACUGAUUAACCCUAUUAUAUACAGUCUGAGGAAUAAAGACAUUAAGAAGGCCAUACAGGAAGUAUUCCAUAAAUGCAAUGUACUAAACAUUAAUUGGCAUUAA